UGACUGCGUGGUCUUUCAAGCAAGCGUGAACAUGGCUGGGCUGAGCGGGCUGGUGACCUUUGACUCCAGGCUGCAGACUGCCACGGUAAACGUCACGGGGUCUUGCGGCUCUAUGACCCUCUCGCUGAUGGAGUUUCCCGUCAUGUACGGCCACUUCUCAGAGCCGUGCCGCACGGUCAAUACCGGCGCCAAGGUCUUUGCCUUCAAUAUCAGUGAGCCUGGGGCUACCGCCAACGUGUCGGCCUUGUUCAAGGAGCGGCUGAGUCUGGACGAUCUGUCCGUGGUGUUGGAAACGUGCAAUGCCACCGUGGCCUGCGCCACCAUUCGGCACGCGGGGAAGACGAGGACGCGGCAAGUCAGAUUCUUCGAGCCCGUGGCCGGAGACAUGUACGUCCGUCAAAACGAAGGCGAGAGAGUCUCAAGGGUGCUGUCCAGCCUUGUUUCCCUGCAGGGCAGAUCUAAUGCAGGCACCGUUGAAGUGUAUGUGUCUCAAAGCUUGGCCGCCAGCUGCAAGGUGCUCCUCGACACCGUGAGGCCGUCCACUUUCGCACUGCUUGGAGAAGUGGCAGUUGGGUCCCCGGUACAACCUCUGAAAUCACGUCUGGACGUUCCCAGUUUCAGUGAGAAUGAACGCUUUGUCCUUCUCAAAGUUAGGGAGAAGUACACGUGCGCCGAGGUGAGGGAAAUGGAGAAGAAAGUCGUCAGUGCCUUGAUUGACAUGAAAGGAGCAAAGGGUUUCUUUGCUUUCAGUCAGUUUUCCCCCUUCGAUGCCACAGAGAUAAGGGUGAAUCUCACUAACCUGAGACACAUGGUGGGACCUUAUCACGUGCAUCUCUUUCCACUCCCUCAGAGAAGGACUCCGCAAGAAGACAUCUGCAGCAAUGACAAUGUGGGCGGUCACUGGAAUCCAUUCAAUAUUGAUGUUAAAGACCCUUCCUACCCCAAAGCACCAGGGGCAACUCAUGACAAGUAUGAGGUUGGAGACCUCAGUGGACGACAUGGAUCUUUGGUAGACACCAACAACUUUGAGGCUACCUUCAUUGACUGGAACCUGCCGCUCUUUGGGAAGAACAGCAUCGUUGGUCGGUCUGUCGUGAUCCACAUGCCCAAUGGUACAAGGCAACUUUGUGGUAGCAUUGGUUACCCAGGUGAUGUGGUGGUGGCAAAAGCCACCUUCAAAAGCCCUGUGGUUGGAACCAUCCUUUUCACUCAGCUGAAGAGCAACUCUUACUCUGAUGUUUCCAUUUUUGUGAAUCUAGCUUAUGGGAAGUCAUCCACCACAGCCACUCACGGUCAUAACUGGCACAUCCAUGCAUACCCCAUCAGGACGGAGACUGAUGAUGAUGCUAAUCGCUGUUGGAGCACAGGGGCCCACUGGAAUCCUUUCAACAUCAACAUCAGUGACAGCAGCUACACUCGCAACUGCAGGCCUGACAAUCCCUUUGCCUGUGAAAUCGGAGACCUGACCGGCAAACAAACAACCCUUAGUGUUGUACCUGAUGUGGGAAAAAUCCAGGCAAAGUAUUUCUUCACUGACUUAACAUCCUGGGUGAACGGGACAGAGUCCAUGAUUGGAAGGUCGGUGGUGAUUCAUGGUGCAGGUGGCGCCCCCAGCAGGAUGGCCUGCGCGAAUGUCACCGAUGCGCACUUGGUGCUGGCUCAGACGACCGGCUGGUUUGGGGCAGGGAAGUCUCGAGGCCAAAUCCAGUUCUUGCAGGGACCCGUGGGACAGACAUCCAUUAAUGUAUCUCUGUCGAACCUGGAUUCCAAGGCCAGCAGCUUCCAUGUGCACAUCCUGCCCAUCAAGGCCAGCGGUGACCCGUGUUCAGAUGAGAACAUAAUGGGCCACUUCAACCCACUGGCUGUAAGCCAGUCCACUUCACCAGCUCCUGGCACUGGCACUGUGGACCAGUAUGAAAUUGGUGACAUCACUGGGAAAUUUGGACUUCUGACCAACCUGACCCAAGUUCAGAAACAGUACAUAGACAACAACAUGCCUCUUUCAGGGCCGAACAGCAUAGUUGGACGAUCGCUGGUCAUUCACUACCUCAACGAGUCAAGAAUGCAAUGUGCCAACAUCGUUGCAGACAACAAUUCAGAUGGACACUGGAUCCAAGCCAAGGCUGUCUUCAGUGGCGCCGUCACGGGAACUGUAACGCUGUCUCAGCAGACCUUUCGAGAUGGCAGUUACAGUGACAGCAUUCUAGAAGUGGAUGUACGCAUUUCACAGGACCUUGAUGUCAAAGAGGCCUUCUGGUACAUUCACGAGGGCCCCACGGAUGAGAGAGAUGUUCAGUGUGCUGCAGUGGGCGGGCGCUUUAACCCUUUUAACAUGAGUGCAGAGAACACCAGCUGCUCAGCAGACCACCCUCUGAACUGUGAGGCUGGAGAUCUGACCGCAAAGCACGGCGCUGUGAAAUUGACCGCGAGGCAGCUUUUCACAGAGACGAACCUUCAGCUUGCUGGGGAUUUUACGGUUGUAUACAGGUCCAUUGUCCUCCAGACCAGUAAGGGAAUCCUGGCUUGUGCCAACAUCCUGCCAGCGUCUCCGUCGGCAAAGCUCAUUUUUCCCAAAGUGGCCUCAUUCAGCAGGUUCGACUUCCGCAGCAGGGUGGCCGGUGCCCUGGCAGUGGACCUCUGGAGGGUCACCAUCUUGCCCGGGGCACUUUCAUAUGAGGCUGAAGGGAGGUGCCAGCAAGUCAGCUUCCUGGUUUCAGGGGACGUGAGCAAAGAAGCACUGAAUUCGGUUCAAGAUAGUGACAGAAUGGGACAGUUCACACACUCGCCAACGUGCCGCCAGAGUGACAGUUCUGGACAGCACAGGGUCUCUGGAAAAUUGCUCCUGGUUCUGAUGAUGCUCGUGUCCCAGCUUCCUCUGUGUGCCCUUCUGCAGUAAUUCUCAUCAUCACCUCUGCCAUCCUCCUAUAACUGUAAUCACCAAUUAAGCGGUGGUAAAAUAAAACAUUAAUGUGUUGGACUGUACCUUUGAAUAUAUGCUCACAUUUUCAUCAUUUUUUGUACCUCAAUACUUAGCAGUUUUUUAUCUGGCAGUCGAAAAGAUGUAAAUAUUUCUGAGAUAA